GGCGGAGCUCGUGCCGCCUUGCAGACGCCACCGACCCGGAGCCGCCUUCGCCGCCCAGCCAUGGUCAACCCCACCGUGUUCUUCGAUAUCGCCGUGGACGGCGAGCCCUUGGGCCGCGUCUCCUUCGAGCUAUUUGCAGACAAAGUUCCAAAGACAGCAGAGAACUUCCGUGCCCUGAGCACUGGGGAGAAAGGAUUUGGUUAUAAAGGCUCCUGCUUUCACAGGAUUAUUCCGGGAUUUAUGUGCCAGGGGGGGGACUUCACACGCCACAACGGCACUGGAGGCAAGUCCAUCUAUGGGGAGAAGUUUGAUGAUGAGAAUUUCAUCCUGAAGCACACGGGUCCUGGCAUCCUGUCCAUGGCCAACGCUGGACCCAACACGAACGGUUCCCAGUUCUUCAUCUGCACUGCCAAGACUGAGUGGUUGGAUGGCAAGCACGUGGUCUUCGGCAAGGUCAAAGAGGGCAUGAACAUCGUGGAGGCCAUGGAGCGCUUUGGGUCCAGGAACGGCAAGACCAGCAAGAAGAUCACCAUUGCUGACUGUGGACAGAUCUAGGAAAUCCGACUCGUGUUUUAUCUUAACUACCAGACCAUUCCUUGUGUAGCUCGGGAGAGCACCCCUCCACCCCCACCUGCUCGAGAUACCCCAGAAUCUCUGUGCUCUUGCUGCAGUUCUGCGGGCUCCAUGGUUCCUUCUCCCCAGGUCUAGCUGGAUGGCAGAGUUCAGUUGAUGAUGAUGAAAUAAAACCUAAACCACA